GCACUCCUUAGAGGAGCCUUGACUCAACAAAGUGCCGUUAUUCUUGUCUGCAUGGCAAUUGAUCGUUACGUUUGUAUGCUGCAUCCUCACCAUUAUCAUAAGCACGCAUCUAAAAAGUAUUACAUGCGGCAGGGUUGCGUGGCCGUGAUGUCGACUACGUGGAUAGCAAGCGUGGCGAUUUUUGGUGCUCUCGUGCUUCCAAGAGGUGGUUAUUACUUCAACGGCUCCGGUCUUCUCGCCUGUGAUCCUUUCUUCGCCAGAGCUUCCCUCAGGAUCCUCGCGUGCUGCUGUUUCUAUUUUCCCACAACAAUGGUGUUGAUGUACUGCUACGGUUCAGCCUUCCAUGUUAAUAAACUACGCCUCAAAAGGGUGGUUUGCGUUAAUACCCCGGAAGUCGUUAGGGGAGGCCACAUGGAGAGGCUUGUAGCUCACGAAAGGCGACUGUCUACUUCUGCCUCACGAACAAUGGCCGCAAUGAGUUUAGGAUUCAUUGUAAUGGUCACACCAUGGACGAUCCAGGAAGUUGUUGCAGCUUGUACCGGAAGCAAACCACCGCCAUUCCUUGACUUUCUUGCCACGUGGCUUGCCCUAUCCAACAGCUUUUGGAAUCCAUUUCUCUACUGGUUAUUCAACAAUCACUUUCGCCGGAUUUCCAGAGAACUUCUUUACACUAAAAUAUUAUGUAGACCAAAGCCAUUGGGGUCGAAACAGCACUGCUGCGCGACCAGCACAGGUGGUCUUGAUGUUUGCAGUAUGGGUGGAGUUGACUUAUCAGGUUUAGAACGCUGUUCAAUAGAUCGUUGUUCAAUGGCUCGGUGUUCCUCUUUAUCAUUAACUAAUACAUUACCACUUCCCUGGGAAACUGGACACAUAGCACAUAGUGAUACAACACCUACGUGA